CCCGGAUAUUGUUUGGAUUCUGAGCUUCUGCUGCGGAGUGUCUAAUGUUAAAUGCAAAGGGUUCGAGCUCGGCGUUUAUUCAGGUGGCGUUGCUGGUGUUGACAAAUGUUGCAGAGCAUUUAACCAUAACUUCAACUUAGAGGUAUUUUAGCCAGGUGAAUGUUGGGUGUACGAGCCCUGUUUGGAAUUGGUCUUCUUGUGACAACACGAGGAGGCUCUGUCCUGACACACACAGGAGCAUGUACACGUAUUUCCAGUAACAUUUACAGUAAAGAGCUCGUUCACAGGCAGGCUUGCACUAUGGCCAAUACAAUCAAGUAUCUUGGGCAAGAAGAAGCCCAGCGCAUUGAUGAGGAACUGUUUAAUGAAUACAGCUUUAGUGUGGAUCAGUUAAUGGAGCUAGCUGGGCUUAGCUGUGCUACAGCUGUUUCAAAGGGCUAUCCACUGGAGUCGCUGCUCAAGAGCAAACCCAGAGUGCUGGUGAUCUGUGGCCCAGGAAAUAACGGAGGAGAUGGGUUGGUUUGUGCAAGACAUCUCAAACUGUUUGGGUAUGAACCUUCUAUAGUGUACCCAAAGCGCCCCAACAAACAGCUGUUCCAGAAUCUCACCACCCAGUGUGAGAAGAUGGAUAUAACCUUUCUGACAGAGAUGCCUGAGGCUGAUUUGAUUGAUGAAGCCUAUAACUUGGUGGUGGACGCCAUUUUUGGAUUCAGUUUUAAGGGGGCCGUGCGAGAGCCAUUCGGUGACAUCCUGUCCCAACUAAAGAAAAUUACUGUGCCCAUUGCUAGCGUCGACAUACCUUCAGGCUGGAAUGUGAAGAACGGCUGUCCUGAUGGGAUUCAGCCAGACAUGCUCAUCUCUCUCACUGCUCCUAAGAAAGCAGCCAAUCACUUUAAAGGACGCUACCACUUCCUGGGAGGCCGAUUCGUUCCUCCUGCACUUGAACAGAAGUACCAGCUCUCUCUGCCUAAGUACCCAGGCACGGACUGUGUGUAUCAAUUAAACUGAACAAUAAACAGUAUUUCCUGUCACUGAUCAAAGCAAAAAAUCAAGAAAGAAUGUCUUGAAAACUAUAUCAACAGUUUUGAGCUUUGUUUGAAAUAUAAUGGCUCAGUGGAAAUGGCCUUAUUGAUGGUUAUUGAUCAGCUUCAUGAUUAAAUUAAUGAACUGUAUUGCUAAGGAUUGUUUGAGAAUGUUUCGAAGGCAACU